AUGGCGUCCAGCAUAGAUGCCAAGCUACUCAAACAGACCAAGUUCCCGCCCGAGUUCAGUCGGAAGGUGGACAUGAAAAAGGUCAACAUCGAGGUCAUGAAGAAAUGGAUUGCAAAGAGAAUAUCUGAGAUUCUGGGCAAUGAAGACGACGUCAUUAUCGAGCUCUGUUUUAAUCUACUGGAAGGAACACGUUUUCCGGAUAUCAAAGCAUUACAGAUCCAGCUCACGGGCUUUUUGGAUAAAGAUACAGCCAAAUUUUGCAAAGAUCUAUGGAGCCUGUGUCUCAGCGCUCAAGAGAAUCCUCAGGGUGUUCCAAAGGAGCUCUUGGAGGCCAAGAAGCUUGAACUUAUGCAGGAAAAGAUUGAAGCGGAACGGGCUGCUGAGGAAGCGCGUCGCAAAAAAGAACAAGAACAGGCAAGGGAACGAGAACUCGAGGAAAUCAGACAGAGGGAAAGAUGGGACCGCAACCGCGGCAGGCGUGGUGGUGGCCGCGGAGGUCGGGACUUCGAUAGACGGCCAUUUAGAGACAACCGUUCCCCUCCCAGACGGCGCAGCCGAGACCGAUUUCGUGACCAACCCUCGAGGAGAGAGUUUGACUCUUACGUACCCUCCGGUCGACGGGGCCGUCAGGCCUCAAGAUCGCCGGACAGCUCUCGCUCCCGCUCCCGGUCCUUGCCUUCAUCGCGAUCACCACCUCGUCGACGCUUGUCUAACCGGGAGAGACCGCAAAAUGGACGUCGUCGGUCAGUAAGCGGCUCUGUUUCUCCGGACCCCGGGGACCGCAGAAGACCGAGAAGGCGAAGUCCAGAUUACGGUGAUCGAGCUAGAUCCAUAUCCCGCAGUGAUUCAUCACGCUCACGUACUCCCAGAAGAGACCGCAGGAGACAAGGGGGCACUUCUUCCCGCAGUUCGUCCCGUUCACCUGCACCCCAAGACCGACGCAGAAGGGGCGAAUCGUCUGUUUCGAGGUCACGUUCCAGGUCGCGAAGACCGGAAGAGAAGAGCAGCAGACGGAGGGGGUCUUCGCCUUAUACCUCAAGAGCUGAUAAGAGAGAACCAACCGCUGAUCUUGCAAAGGCCCGCAAAUCUCGUGAUGAUCGCCGUUUGAGUCGCAGCAGAGAUCGCGACGAACAUCGCAGACGACAUCGAUCACCCCGGAGCAUAAGCCGCAGCCGCAGCCGCAGUCGAGGUCGUUCUCGCACAGGAAGCGUUAGUCCUCGGCGUCCCUCUCACAGCCGUAGCCGUAGCCGCAGCCAUGGAAGAGAGAGAAAGAGACGUCGCUCACUUCAGAGAUAUGCCCCAGCCGCCCGAAGACGGCGCAACACCUCUUCUGUAUCUACACAUACUGAGAAACGACAGAGGAUGGCUGAUCGAGACGAGGAACCCACCAAACGAUCCCCUUCACCUCCCGCAAAACCGAGCUCCACGGAUCAAGAGAUGAAGGAUGUCGACGAGUCUGCCCGCUCGAAACCGCACCGGUUACGUAUAUCAAGCUCGGAGUUGCGCGAGAAGCUCCUCCGCGAAAAGCUUGUUGCCAUGCGCCGUACCACUUCUGGCAAUAAGGUAGGUGAGAGCAUGACAGCUUCGAAGUAA